AUGAAGCGCACAGUCAUCUUGUUCACGAGUUUUGCAAUGGCCUCUGCAGCUAUUCAGUGCUGGUCUGGCCAGCAGACGUACCCAGCAGGCAAAAGAACAGUCCCUUCCAAUAUGCAACCUUUCUCAUCUGGUAGGUAGAAGACUUCAGCUUCUAAUUUCUCAAUCUUCUAGGUUGUAAGAAGAAAAAAAAUAGCCAAACGUAGAAAAGUUUUGGUUGUAUGAAAAACAGACCAGCGAAAAUUCAAACGGCGACUUUUCCGAUUUUUUCAUAUCGCUAUAGAACUUUCCGACGGCCACCUUUCCGCCGAAUUUUUUACCGACUUUUUUUCUCGAUAAUCUCCUCGUUUUCAAUCUUCCUAUAUAAAAUAGGCAAGUUAUUCAUGAUUAAAAGACAACUAAAUAGGAAAAAAAUUUGAAUAGAUGUUUUAUAACCGAAAAAUAUAUGGGAAAAAAGUCGGAAAAUGAUUCGGCGGAAAGGUGGUCGUCGGAAAGUUUAGUGCUGCUGACGGGGCGCCCCGCUGUUUUGAGCAGUCGCCCCGGGGUAGAUAAGUUAAAAUGAAGUUUAAGUGAAAAAAUACGCAGAGUAUCGACUGUUAAAGAAAUCUAUUGGUCGAAAAAAAUGAAAAUUCAUUUAUAUCAUUGAGUAAAUGUACAGAAAUCUUCUAACAGUGUAACCGCUUCGCGGGUCUGGUCAACAGCUCUGGGAAAGUUCCUCAGCGAUACGAAAAAAUCGGAAAAGUCGCCUUUUGAAAUUUCGCUUUUUUUCAUACCAUCAGAAUUUUGAAAAAUCUGUCCAACUUUAAGAACAUGAAGCUGAUUUUCAGCUUUGUGCAACGACGCAGACUUUUGCUACGACAGCUAUGUCAAGCGAAAUCAUGACGGCGACGACAGCUACACUGUGACCAAAAGCUGUGGAGAGCCUGGCAAAUGCUUUGUACGUCCCAGUUUCAAAUACACAGUUACUCUCACUAGGGCAUGGUCUCCGCUCGACAACGAGAAUUGAGACUUUGUGGGUGGAUAGGCCUAGUAGAGAGUACUCAAAAUCAAAAAUAAAAUUCUGCUAAACCCCACAGCCGACCGAGGACAAGCUCGUCGAAAGUUUUCCAGCGCACAUAUGGCCGCGCUCGGAGCCUUCGGCUAGUAACUGGCGGCGUGGUGUAGUAGGUUGUGGUCUUGUGCAUUAUCAAUAUUGUGACCAUGGUUCGACCUUUUUGGCGGAAAUAGUUUUUGCCGGCUCACAACUCAUAACUUUAUUUCUUUCUCAUUUUUUGGUAAUUUUUUUUAAAGAUUAACAUCAAAACUUGUAGAAAAUUUUUAUUUCUAAUACUUUUCUCAUGGCACGUUUUUCUUCUCGUAUUGAGGAGGUUAUUCUCAAAUAGCUAGUUUUGUUGGAAGACAGGCAAUCAGCAGCAUAGUUAUUCAAAUUAAGCUCAUUCCGCGCAGUUUUCUGUUGGAAUUUUCGAAAAUCGCCAUAUCUUCUGAAACCUGGAACGGUAAAUCAAACGGAAAAGUUUCAUUUUAGUUGUUUUAUUGUGUUAUUGUGUUUCCGUUUAAUACACACGUGUCUGAAAGACAGGUAAUCGUAGGGACCGCAAAGCCACGCCCCUUUUCGCGAUAGAAAAAGUGGCUUUUUUUUGGUUUUCAACUUUCAUUUUGUUGUAGUUGUAAAAUAUGUGGAACUGGCGAAUAAAAUUUGACACACAUGUACAGAAAAAAGCUUCCUCUUUCGUUUAAAAAAAUAUUUCACGUUUUUUUGAUGCGUUCGCGCGGAAUGUCGUACAAAAAAACGUGAAUGGAACUAAAAAAAUUUUUUUAUCGUUUUUUUGCUUUUUUUCAAGUGUUUUUUUAGGUCGAACGCACUCUUUCUUUUUUUAAAUAAUGAUUUUUGAUUCAAGUAACGGUAAUUUUAAAACAAUAAAAAUAAAAAAAUUCGUCUUUGCCAAAAAAAUUUAGGGAGCGCCGAAAGUCAUAAAUCAAAAAUAUCGUUAAUAAGCGAAUAUAAUCGAGUUUUCGUUUUUUUCAAAAAUUUAGAUCAUGAGCUUACUUAAAUAUUUCUCUACAGCAUCUUUGCUUGAAAAAAAGUUGUUUAAUACGCAAAAAAAUGCUCUUGAAACUAGAGAAUAAAAAUUAGCGGCGUUUAUCACACAGAAAGCGAUCGAACGCAGGUUUUUUUCAAACGAUUAUAUACAUUUAUUAGUAAAAAAAUCUUUCAAUUAAAAAGAAUAAAAUAAAAAAAUUCGUCUUUGCCAAAAAAAUUUACGGGGCCGUUUUAAUGCAGCGAUCGUUAAACGAGGCAAAAAAAGCACUAAAAAAACAGUUUUUUUCGAAGUGAAUUUCCACGAAAAGUUUGAGUAAAGAUUUGCGAACAUAUUCUGAUAAAAAAAUAGCUAAAUUACUUCAAAUUUUUUUAUUUUUUUGAAAUAGGCAAUCUGUGCUAUUUAAACGGCUCAAGGGUAAGGCGGAUGGAAGCUCCCCGCGCUGGACCUAACAGCUUGGCGCAGCGCGUGCGCUCCGAUUUUUCAUUUUGAGAUCGCGAGUUCGAUGCCCGCAAGCGCCAGUUUUUUUGUUUUCUGCAAAAAUACAGACUUUUUUUCGGCAAACUAGCUGAUUAGCAUCAUUUUAGCACUCUAUUAUGAUUUUUUUUACAUCAUAAUAGACCAGUAUCAAAAACUUGUUCUAGAAGGAAAAAUCGAGAAAAAAAUGUCAAAAAAAUGGAUAAUACCAAAAUUUCAGUACUAAAAAAAUGGUGCGCGGCGCGCCACAUUUUUCCGUCAUAACUUUUUUUCAUCCUCAAUCUUUUUUUGAAAAAAACUAAACGGUUCUGAGUUUUGAAUCGAAACAGCUAUCGAACCAUACAAAGCUCAAUGCUGAAAAAAAUUUUUUGAAAAUUCGUCUGCGGUCCCUAGGUAAUCGCUUGUAAAAAAAGCUCAAAGUUUUAUAAAAUAUCUACUCGAUGUGAAAUUUUUUUUUAAAUCGUUUUCUUCAUUAUUUGCGCAUAAAGUAGAGAAUAAAACAACAAAGAACAAUUAAAAUCGAUAUAUUUUUUAUUGUUGUGGUUUUUGUAAACUUUUAUCGUAAUGCCGUGUUCAAUUUGAUACUGUAAAAGAAUAGUUGCUUGGCUGAAGAUUUCUGAUGAUUCCGGACAUUCGAGUGGGACUCGAAUGUCAUCUUCGGGACAAACUCCUAUUAUUUCCUUCUGCUUCAAUACGACUCUUUUAUGUGCGAUAAAUAUUUACUUCUACAAUAGCAAAAUAAAAAAUAUUACAUAAACUACAUAUAAAGCCAGAGAGCGAAUCUCUCUGGUGCCCGUCCUCUAAAGUCUGCUUUUUCUCGUCCUCCAUGGACCCUGGGGGCGGAGCCUAGGGCUCGCCUCCCCAUUGUGCCAUGCGUCCGAGGAAAAACGGACUCUUAGCGGAUGCCGCGUUACAAUACCGCGAAACGCAAAUUGAUCUCUGACUCUCCAAAAUUUAGUGAUCUUUUUCUUUCUCUAACGGGUAUAUUGCAUUUCGCGUAAUCAAAUUGAACACGGCAUAAGUUUUUGAAAAAAUAUCCCAAAAAUGAGAAAGGAAUAAAGUUAUGAGCCGGCAAAAACUAUUUCCGCCAAAAGGUCGAACCAUGGUCACAAUAUUGAUAAUGCACAAGACCACAACCUACUACACCACGCCACCAGUUGAUAACCGAAGGCUACGAGUGCGCCAGGGUUGUGCGAGAUCUCGAUCUCGUCUCGUCUCGAAUUACCGAGACAGAUUUUGAAAUUGUCUCGUCUCGAAAAAUCGAGACGAAAGUUCAUUUUCAGCGAGAUAUUUUCGAGACAUAAGCAGCAGAAAUUUUGAGGAAUCAGGAGGGUGAUGAAAAAGAAAAAAAAAGAGAAAUGGCGUACGGUUCGGUGCUUUUUCGUGUAGAACAAAAAACUAUGGUUCAUGAUUAAAACACGAGGAAACAGGAAAAAAAUGUUAGUAGAUUUUUUUCAUAAACCGAAAAAAAUGUAAGGGAAAAAAAGUCGGAAAGAGAUUCGGCGGAGAGGUGGCCGUCGGAAAGUUCCCUAGCGAUACGAAAAAAUCGGAAAAGUCGCCUUUUGAAAUUUCGCUGGCUAUUUUUUCAUACCAUCCAUAUGCGCGCUGGAAAACUUUCGACGAGCUAUUCCUCGGUCGCCUGUGGGGUCUAGCAGCAUUUUAUUUUUGAUUCCGAGUAUUCUUUCCUAGGCCUAUUCACCUAAAGUCUCAAUUCUCAACUCGUUGUCGAGCGGAGAUCAUGCCCUAGUCAGCUCAAACAAAACUUUGAAGGAAACUGGAUGCCACGGUCCUGGCGAUGAAAAGAUUUGCUGUUGCGCGGGAGAUCUUUGCAACUCGAGCAACGGUAUCAAACUAAGUUUUGCUGGUAUACUCAUUAUCCUAUCGUUCGAUCGGUUUUUCAAUUGAGAUUCUUAAAUAAAACUCACCAGUAAAACCACGAAAUUCGGUCAACAAAAAUAUCACGGAGACAAUAAAAGAAACAUGUUUCGUUCUGGACAAAGUUACAGCUUAUAGCUUAUCACUGGUCAAUCGACGUAUCCACACAAUAAGCUGGCAAAAUGCACUCUCAAAAUCAAUCGACAUGUGCUAACUAAUAAUAGGAAAAAUAGCAUACAGAGUACAACUAUUCGGUAUUUCAAUACUACAUAUUUUUGUGCCCUUGAACAAUGUCCCAAUGCUAGUUUGAUUUGCGAGAACCAAAGAAGCUUUAAAACUAUAUUCCUCGAUAAAUUACCGAUAUAGCUGAUUCACGGCCAGCUUGGGACGCUAAGGGGGCGUGUACUGUCUGCGCUCUCCACGAGCCAGGCGCUGUCUCGUGCAUUAUCGUGUGAGCAGACUUGUGCGUCAGGCCGGGCUUUGGGCUUCAAUUUUUUUUAAAAAAGCCUGCGCGGGCUCAGGCCAGGCCGGGCUUUGAAAAAAAUCUUGAAUUUCAUUUUUUUAAAAAUUUCGCCGAAAAAGUUAUUUUUACUUGUUAAACUUGUUAAUAGUUUCUCUAUGAGGAAAAAUAAGUAAAAAAUCCCUUUUUUUCUCGUUAAAAAAGCGAAAAGUUCAAAAUGAAAAAAAUUUGAGCUUUUUGGGCCGUGCUGGCCAUUUUUGCUUGAGGCCCUUCUAUGGCCGGGUCGGGCCGCAGAGCAUUCCCAAGAAUAAAAAUUUCUGCCACCGCUCUGUGCGGUCAGCUGUGUUGGCCGACCGCGACGCAAAUACGAACCAUCAAUUCACAAUUUGGCCAGUUGCCAACAGUCUUUGA